AUUUCAGAUCCAGCAGCUCCAUCAAACUUUGCAGAGUUUAUGAGAUUGGAAGCUGAAGCAUUUGGCUUUGGACUUGGUAAGAAAAUUGACACUCUUUUUAAAGACAAAACGCGGAAAUGCUCCCUCAUACGAUCAGUAAUUGAAUACGCUUCGGCUGUAUUCGCGAAUCUGUCAAAGUAUCUGUCUGAUGCGUUGGAAGAAAUUCAAAAGCGCACCCUUAGGAUAAUUCUUCCGAAUUUACAUUAUGACGAAGCAUUGAUACUAAAUGGCCUGCCGUCUACUAUCUCAACGCCUGGAACAGGCUAAAUUUUGCCCUGUGUUGAAAUUUCCUUUGUUUUUUUGUAAUCGCCAUAACUCUAAUCAAAUAUCCUUAUAGAAGUCUUAUAGAAGUCUAAGUAGUCAUAAUCUUAGAAAUUCAACUAAUAAAAAUUUUCUUUCCUCAACCCAAAAGAGAUUUCCUCUGAAAAACAGCCUAAGUUACAAUGGAGCCAAGAUCCGAAAUUGUGAGACCCUUGCGUCAUUUAAGGCUAAAAUCAAAUCCCGUAGGCCUUAAUUAGAACAUUAAUAGUGAACUUGUCUUAUUACUUUAUUUAUUUAUUUAUUUUUAUGGUAGUAUAACAUUUAAUUUAGGUUUUAUCGCUCUCUUUUAGAAUACUAAAUGUAUAGAUUAUAAGGUUUAUAAUUAAUAUUUGCAGCGUGUACUUUAGAUUGUGUAAUUUCAUAUUUUGUAUUUAAAAUUAAUUAGUUAUCUAUUCAAAGGCCGAUUCAAAGGCAGAUCAGGUAAGAGCCUACUCCAGACUGAACCGCUGACCACAUGGGAGUGCGAACAAGUGACGGAUGUACCAUCACAUGUGCGAAGUGAAUACCCUCUAAGCCCAUUUUACAAAAAGUACCUACAUGCAUACGGUAUCCCUGUGAUUAGUUCCGAAAACGCCACAGAUGCCGCUCUUAGGAGAGCUUGUUACGUUGUGAUAUUCCUACUUGCUGACCGCGAGGAUAUUCGUCGCUCGGUUUACAAGCGCCGCGGACGAGCAGGCGUGAUCGCUGCAACUGAGGGUGUUACGAGUAUUCCAGAACAUUCCUGGCUUGAUGACUGGUGGAACUGGCGGGCGAGGGGCCUUGGAGGGACCGUUUCACAGCCUAUUUCUACUUGUGAGUAUUUCCUUCUCAAUAACCUUUUAACCCAAGCAGUGCUCGUCAUACUUUUGUUCAUCCAUGAGAGUAUGGACUCUAAAAAUUACGUAAAGAUGGCGCAAAGUAUAUUACUCCCAGUUGUCACUCGAGUGCGAUUUUCCAAGAAGUUUCACCGGACUAUUGUCGCAGUAAAAAAACAAUACACAACAAUUUUCAGUUGUCUAUUUAAUUUAACAAAAUGUUACAUUUUAAGCGAGUCUUUUCAGUCAUGUCAGAUCGUACAUGGCGUNGCUUGUUACGUUGUGAUAUUCCUACUUGCUGACCGCGAGGAUAUUCGUCGCUCGGUUUACAAGCGCCGCGGACGAGCAGGCGUGAUCGCUGCAACUGAGGGUGUUACGAGUAUUCCAGAACAUUCCUGGCUUGAUGACUGGUGGAACUGGCGGGCGAGGGGCCUUGGAGGGACCGUUUCACAGCCUAUUUCUACUUGUGAGUAUUUCCUUCUCAAUAACCUUUUAACCCAAGCAGUGCUCGUCAUACUUUUGUUCAUCCAUGAGAGUAUGGACUCUAAAAAUUACGUAAAGAUGGCGCAAAGUAUAUUACUCCCAGUUGUCACUCGAGUGCGAUUUUCCAAGAAGUUUCACCGGACUAUUGUCGCAGUAAAAAAACAAUACACAACAAUUUUCAGUUGUCUAUUUAAUUUAACAAAAUGUUACAUUUUAAGCGAGUCUUUUCAGUCAUGUCAGAUCGUACAUGGCGUCUAAGUGUGGUAAGAACAUUAAGUACAUUAGCUCAAGAAUAACGUGGUGAGAGACAUUUUCCCACCGUGUUCCCAUCUCUACUAUUCAUAUGUGGUUGGCUUGAUCAAAGAUUUGAGAGACAAUUUACCUUUGCCAAAAACGGUACUGUUUGCGUUCAAGGGUGAUGGGGCGAUUAAAAAAAAGGCUUUUUUAAAAAAUGCAAAGUGAUAUUGGACGUUACAUUUUAGGUGGGGAAGAGAAUAUUCUUUGCUUUACAAACGGUCAAGACAGGUAUCCGAAUCAAGAUAUCUUUCUCCACGAAUUUGUCCACGGACUGCACAACCUUGGGGCUUACUUUGCAAUUCCAGACUUCGAUGACAGGCUACGCAAGCGGUACAACUCAGUUAAAACCAGCGGUAAACUAUGGCAGAAGACGUACGCUAUGUCAACUCACUGGGAGUAUCUCGCCGAGGGAGCGCAGAGUUUUUUCGACUGUAACGCCCAGAGCGACCCACCGAAUGGCAUCUACAACCACGUCAAUACCAGGACAGAACUUAAGUCUUACGACCCUGUUCUGCAUGAAUUUCUGAAGGAGAUAUUCCCUUGCCAAAACAGACUUCUGCAACGAUGUGACGCGAAAGCGGGUAUG